AUGUCUGGUGUGUGGAUUUUUGACAAGAAUGGCGUGGCUCGCCUGAUCACCAAUCCUACAAGGGAGUCCUUUGAACAAAAAGAGCCACCCUACCCAGGCACCGCCACUGCACCUGGCGCACGCCCCCGCGUCCUCGUCUACCUCCCGGCUAACCACGUCAUCCGCUCCUACUCCGAGCUCGAGCAGCGCCUCACCGAGCUCGGCUGGUCCCGCUACCACAACUCCAGCCGCCCCGACCUCCUCCAGUUCCACAGGUCAGAAAACUCCGCCCACUUGAUCUCUCUCCCCAAAAAUUUCUCCGACUUUAAGAUCCUCCAUAUGUUCGAUAUCGUCGUCAAGAAUCGCUCUUUCUUCGAAGUUCGCGACGUUGCGUGA